CAUCAUUCGCUCGUCAGUCGUUGUUGCUAGCAUACGUCACGGAGUUCCUGUAGCGCUGCUCUUCUCCGCACUCUCACCCCCGUCAGUUAAGCAAAAACGGAAGUAAUCAGCACAAAAAACAAUAAGCACGCCAAUUAAAAAACAUUUCGAAAACUGUGUAAAAAGCCUUGCUGGUGCAAAUUAUUGCAGAGAAUACGGGUAGAUUCCGACACCGAUCGAUCAAUAAACUCCGCGCAGCAACUUCUACGCUACGAAGAAAGAGAAACAGAACAAGACAAGAGAACAGCGUACAAACAAGUAACAUAAACAAAUACAAAAAGAAUUAAAUAAAAGACUGAGCAACGUUCAAGCAAAUCCAAGGAACAAAACCAACAGCAACAUAAGCAAUCUCCCACAAAUCGUCUCUCUAACUGUGAAACUAGGCCCACAAAAAUCCGAGUGGAAAAGCGCAUCUUUGAUCUCAGCAACCCCGCAACCAAGAAGCAAUAAAAAGAAAGAGCCAGCGCACUUUACCGCCGGAUCAGCCGCAUUAACCUUGUAUAAUGUUAAGCAGCCUCGCCUCGUAUCUCUUUGGAUCAGCUACAUCCGAUUCCAUUAGCCAAGAAGCCAAUCCCGCCCAGAACCGAACGAACGCCUCGAACGCGAACUCUAGCUCGAGUCCCGGCCCGACCAGCGAUCCCGCUGCAGGCGAUGUAAUUGAGGUCACCUCCUCGACGCCCUCGGUAGCGGGCAGCAGUCGUGGGGCGGUGCGCGCCUCCAACGGCAAGCGGGGCAAGAACAGGCGUGGCAAGCAGCAGCGGACCAACCAGCAGCAGCGGAAACAACAGCCAGCGAUCACCAAAUUGCUGACGCCCUCCGGCGAGAUCGUCGACGAGGACUUCGACGAGGACGAAUGGUACAUUGUGGAGAAGGAAGACGAGGAGGACGACUCCCUGCCACGCAGCGACUCCGAGGAGGAGCUCUCCGUGGUGGAGGUGUCGCAGCCGCGGGGCGGUUCCAACAACGCCUCCUCUCCAAUGGUGACCGUGGCCACUGGCACGGCGUUCAACUGCCGCCGCCGGCAGGGCGUCAACUCGUGUUCCCUGUACAGUGGGCCCCGGCCGCAGCAGCAACGCAACUAUCUGCAACGCUCGCGCGUCUCCCGGCCGCUGAGCAUCAGCACCCUCAGCCCGCCCAGAAGUGUGCCCGCCCUGGGGGCCGGCGAUCAUGACACGCUGACCCAGUCGCUGUACGUGGCCUCGCCGAGCGGCAGCGACCAGGGUCAGGAUCACGGCCAGGGUGCUAACGUGCUGAUGGAGGAGUCCUGCAUGUCCGUUUAUCAUAGUAUUAGGUCCACCCAGGAGGGAACCGAUAGUUUUGUUAAUCUUGAUCUCGGGGUGUCGACGGAGGUGCCGCAGCAGCGGGAGGAGCCCGAGCCGGAGGCUGAGCCGCAGGAUCAGCGCCAGGCUCUCCAGGAGCAGCAACGUGCCCCCAACGCUCGCUUCGAUAGCCAUGCGGCCGUACAGUUGAAGCAGCAGACGCUGGCUCGUCAGAGUCAGAAGAGCAAGAACAAGAAGGAGCACCAGCAGCUCUGCCGCAGUGCCAUCAAGCGGGCCAACAAGGUGCGCGACUUCCAGGCCAAGGCCAACCGCCCGCGCCGCUCGGAGAUGCAGCACUGCAAGCUGGUCAGCGGCGCCAACAACAACCGCAGCAAGUGCUGCUACUAGGCGGCCACCACCCACGCCACCCACAACCACCCAACACCAACACCACCACCAUGCCUCCAGCGCUCGAGGAGCCGACGGAGCCGUAGGAGGAGCAUUACAAUCAUGGCAGGCGACGCGAUUUUAAUUAGUAUUUUAACCUUACCCCCAGAUGAAACGAGAGAAAAUUCGCAAAAAAAGGAAAAAUGCCACAAAAAUAUCAAAAAUCUAGCAGCUACAAGAAACGCAUAUGUUUAAUUAACUAAACUUAACAAAUACUUGUGUAAAAACGAAAAAGAAAAGCAACAAAAAAAUUUAACUAUCUGUGUAAAUGCGUAGGUUUUAACGUUUGCCGUUUCAAUUUCAAAACUUAUAUGAAAAAUACCAAAAAAAAAAAAUGCAAUAAAAUUUUCAAAAUGAUUAUGCAAAAAAACCCAUGAGAAAAUACACACAUGAAAAAUGACAAAAAAAAGCAUGUAUAAAAUAAGCAACAGAAACGAUUUUGUUAAUGUAGCUAAGAAAACUAUUUUAUUUAUUUAACAAUCAACAACACACACACGAUUACUUUAUGGUAUGUUUUGCAAAACUUUAUGUUUGUUUGUGUGAUCGGUCUCUGAAUAUCGAUUGAUUUGAGUUUGUAUGAAUUUCCGUGUGUAAAGUGUAUGCUUAUCGAAAUGUAGGAUAUAUUGUAUUAAACCCCUGGCACCAGAUCUAAUGUUCUAUUGUAUGCCUGAUUAUGUUGGAAAUGCGCGUGCGUAUGUAUGAAAC